AUGAGACAAGAUUUAUGUAUCAUUUUAAUCGAGCGUGGUUUUUCUCUCUUCCCCUCUCUCUUUCUUUCUCUUCCUUUCUCUUUCUUUCACCUUUCUCUCACAAACCCUCAUUCACCUCUCUCUCACCAUCUUACUCCACUCUUUCUCACAAGCACUCCCAUUAUUCUUUCUGUCUCUCUCAUACAAGUUCUGCCUCACACAUAUUUUAAAAUAACCCUCACUCCUUCUCUCUCUCUCACACACAGACACUCUUUUGCUAUAUUUCUCUUUUUUUUAUUUCACAUUCAAUCACUUUUUACAUACACUCUCUCUCAAGCACACCUAGACACACACUCUUUCUUAAUCAUACACACCCUCUCUCUUUCUCUCAAACACUCUCUAACUUUGAUACAGUACUUCGCUGUUUUACACACACACAUUUUCAUACCCAUUGAACUCUCUCACACAUUCCUUUCAUUUACAUUCUCUCUCAUACAGGUCACACAUACGCUCGUACGCAGACACACACACUCUCUCUCUCUCUCUCUCUCUCUCUCUCUCUCUCUCUCUCUCUCUCUAUUUAGUUGCCCACAAAUCGAGAAUCACAAUUUUUAUGGCUUCAAACUGUUGUCGAAUUCCCCGAUGAAAAUCUAA